AUUCGAAUAAGUUAAAGCAAAGCAAGCUACAACAGCCAAAUGGCUCGAGCCUUAGCCGCGCACUCCACCUCCCUCUUCACCUCCGCGGCGGCUCCGACUAACCAUUUCCGGCGCCGAUCUCUCCGACUUUAUCGGGUCCACGUCAUCAAGCCACCGAAAAUGUCGUACCACCACCCAUCAGUGGAAGUUAUCGGAGACUUGCUGGUCCCACAACUCCACACUCUAAAACGGCCUUAUAAUCCCUAUCCUCUGAUUGGUUGGAACUGCCACGUGGAAACUAUAUUUGCUGCGUGGUUUCGCACGCUUCCCGAGGUGAGGUUUAAGAGACAGUGUCUGAGGAGCCAGGAUGGUGGGUCCCUUGCUCUUGAUUGGGUCGCUGGUGACGUGUCCAAGUUGCCUGCUGAUUCUCCCAUUCUCAUUCUGCUCCCAGGUCUUACAGGGGGAAGUGAGGACUCCUAUGUAAGGCAUAUGCUGUUAAGAGCAAGAAGUAUGGGAUGGAGAGUAGUCGUGUUUAAUAGCCGUGGUUGUGGAGAUAGUCCUGUCACUACAUCCCAGUUCUAUUCAGCUUCCUACACAGAAGAUAUCCGUCAAGUAGUCAGACAUGUGGGCUGCCGGUAUCCUGAAGCCAAAUUAUAUGCUGCCGGUUGGUCUAUUGGGGCAAAUAUCCUUGUUCACUACUUGGGUCAGGAAUCUGACACUUGCCUUCUUUCUGGUGCUGUGUCCUUGUGUAAUCCUUUCGAUUUGGUCAUCGCAGAUGAAGAUUUCCAUAAGGGCUUUAACAAUGUCUAUGACAAAGCUCUUGCAAGUUCUCUCCGCAAGAUUUUUAAGAAACAUGCUCCUCUGUUUGAAGACAUGGGAGGUGAAUAUAAUAUCCCUCUAGCUGCCAGUGCGAAGACUGUCAGAGAAUUUGAUGAUGGAAUCACUCGAGUUUCAUUCGGUUUCAAGUCAGUGGAUGACUACUAUUCAUACUCGAGCAGUUCUAAAGUUAUAAAAAAUGUUCGCAUACCAUUACUUUGCAUACAGGCUGAAAAUGAUCCAAUUGCUCCAUCUAGAGGAAUUCCUUACGAAGACAUUAAGGGAAACCCAAACUGUUUAUUGAUAGUUACACCAAAAGGUGGACAUUUAGGGUGGGUUGCAGGCGAUGAAGCUCCUCGUGGAGCUCCAUGGACUGAUCCUCUGGUGAUGGAUUUCUUGCAAAAUUUAGAAACUAAUGCAGGAUCACAUACCUCUUCAUCUAAUUCUAGCAGGCCAAAUGAAAACGUCCACCAAUCGACGGAUCAAAUGGACCCCCUUAAGGUAUAGCAGAAGCAAAGCACAGUCAUAUUCUUGUGCAUCAAAUAAAGAUGCAUAUGUCUAGUUGUACUGGGUAUGAUUCAACAACCAAAAUUAUUGUUAUAUAAGCUGGUGGGCACCAAUAUGAAUCAUCUGAUUAUAUCCAUUCAUUCCUUGGAGGGUGUCUUCUACAUGUGACAAACAAGAAUCUUUGGCACCUUUGCAGAUACCAUAGAAGUAAUAUACUUGUGUAAUUAUGAAAACUGGUAGACAACAUUAUUGCUGUGGAGUCAUUGAAUCUUUUGCAAAGUGAGGCCGUAUGGGGGUCAUGACUCAUGUGUGAUGCAUGUCAGUGUGCUCUCCUGCCCUACCCGAGUCCCUUUUCAGCCCUGUAUCAUCAUUGCACCAAGUAAUGGAAUGUGUAAAAAUCUCAUGCA